AUGGAAAAGGAUAAUGACUUCGAAGGGUCACUGACGACCCAGUACAUACUUAUUACAGAAAAGUUAAAAUGCAACGAAUUUGUGUGUAAAAAAAUUAAAUUGAAACCUAGUGUUCCCGGUAGAAAUGAACAAAUUGAUUAUGAUGUUAUAGAUAAUUUUUGUGAUGCUUUGAAAAAUAAUAUAUCAUUUAAUGGUUACAUCGAUAUUUCACAGAACAAUUUAAAUGAAAUUUAUCUUUUUCACAUUUUGUGCAGUGUUCAUGAAAAUAAGAAUAUAAGUGGUCUAAAUAUAAAAGGAAAUAAAAUUACCAGCAUGUUGUUUAAUAAAAUUUUAUUAAUUCUUGAAAAUAAUAAUUUUAAGUAUCUUAAUAUACAAGAUACUGAGAUAAGUACCCAGGAAAUUAAGAAUAUUAUUUUCUCUUCAUUACACAAAAAAAUCGAAUCUCUUAAGCUUCCUUCUUUAAACCUUGAAACGUUUGAAUUUAUGAUUGAAUAUUUAAGGGAUAACAAUUCUGUUGAAAAAUUGCAUUUUCUUAUGUUUUACAGUAACCAAAUGAAUUUUACUCUUAAGCAGUAUAAUGAAAAUAUCAACAACAAUUUUGAAAAUUACAUACAUAAUUUAAAAAAUUUGAUGAAAAAAUUUCUCAACGUAGUAGAAAAGAAAGAAAACAUAAAAUCAAUAAAGUUCGAAAUUGAUUUCCAUGAUGAAGAAAUUGACGAAAUGAUGGAGUUUAUCCAUUCCGCUUGCGAAAGACAUCGAAUUGGUGCGAGUGGUGGACAUGGGCUGAGCGAAAAUAAGCUACGUAUCAAUUCGAUGGAGAAAAUACAGUUGCUCAUGUCUGACAUUGGCGGGAUGAAUAGGCAUAUAGAAAAAUUCGAAAAAGAAGUAUCCAUCCCUUUUGACAAAGACGUGAUAAGUUUUCUUCAAAAGAUGUUGCCAUAG